GGGCGACUUGUUUCCACACAUCGGUCCUAGGGUUUCUCCUGCAACUGCAAGGACAAUCAAACGGGAAGGUUGUUCCGUCGCCCAGAGACAGACAAAGCUUUGAAACCGCUGCUUCAUCGUCGUCGUCCGCAUCCGCUGGUUCUCUCUCUUCUUCGUCGGAACUACAGCAGCAAUCAUGGCGACCUCAAUGGCUCGUUCUUUUCUGCAAGUGGCGUCCACGGAGGAGGUUGCUCCCAAGCUCAGAGUGGUUCAGAUUGAGGGACUGGUUAUACUAAAGAUCAUCAAACAUUGCAAGGAGUUUUCCCCAGCUCUCGUCACAGGGCAACUCCUUGGCCUUGAUGUUGGCAGCGACCUGGAAGUUACUAACUGUUUCCCAUUUCCAACUCGGGAUGAAGAGGAGGAGAUUGAAGCAGAUGGUGCCAAUUAUCAGCUUGAAAUGAUGAGAUGUUUGAGAGAGGUUAAUGUGGAUAAUAAUACCGUUGGAUGGUAUCAGUCAACGCUGUUAGGUUCGUUUCAGACUGUUGAACUGAUUGAGACCUUUAUGAAUUACCAGGAGAACAUAAGACGUUGUGUUUGCAUAAUUUACGACCCUUCGAAGUCCAACCAAGGUGUCUUAGCUCUCAAGGCGUUGAAGCUGUCAGAUUCUUUCAUGGAACUUUAUCGAAAUAACAAUUUUAUUGGGGAGAAGUUAAGAGAGAAAAAUUUGUCAUGGAUGGACAUCUUUGAGGAGAUACCUAUCAAGGUUUCAAAUUCUGCUCUUAUCAGUGCCUUUAUGACAGAGUUGGAAGCUGAUACACCCAUGACCCAGUGCGAUUUUGAUCGGCUACAGUUAUCAACUACUCCAUUUAUGGAAAGGAAUGUUGAAUUCUUAAUUGAAUGCAUGGAUGACUUGUCAAUGGAACAGCAAAAGUUCCAGUUCUACUAUCGGAACCUGUCACGACAACAAGCGCAGCAGCAAGCAUGGCUUCAGAAGAGAAGGGCUGACAACAUGGCACGUAAAGCUGCUGGUGAAGAGCUGUUACCGGAGGAGGAUCCCUCAAACCCCGUCUUUAAGCCGAUCCCUGAACCGUCACGGUUGGAUAGCUUUCUCAUAACAAAUCAAAUUGCAAACUACUGUAAUCAAAUUAACGGGGUUGCUGGACAGAGUUUCAGCAAAUUGUAUUUGAUGAAGGCCUUAAAUGAGAGUUGAUAAUCCUUGAAUGAGUGUCAUGGAAAACUCAUGCCUGGUUGCUGCUUCUUCAGCAAGCGAACCAUUCUUAUUUUUAGUUUUGCUGGCCUUUUGUGAGAAGAAGAAUGAUGCAUUUUGCUCUGUAGCUCUUAAUAACCUUAUUUUGGAGUUCACCUAUUUUAUGUUACUUUUUUAUUAUUAUUUCCAACAGGUCAAAUUUGCAGCCGGUCUGUAGUGUGGUGUUAGGGGAUUUGGGGUCAUGAAAAACCCCGUCGCAGAUUUUCUGGAAUAUUAAUCAUGAAGAGUUUGUUGCGGUCA